AUGUUCACGGUGCUGACCCGCCAACCUUGUGAACAAGCAGGCCUCAAGGUCCUCUCCCGAACUCCAGCCAUCAUCGCCUUGGUGGUCUUGUUUUUGAGCAUUGUGGUGCUUAUGGCUAUCACACUCAUCCAGACACACCAGAAAGAGGUCCUCUUUCCAGGACCAAAGUAUGGAAUUGUACUUGAUGCCGGGUCUUCUAGAACCACAAUCUACGUGUAUCAAUGGCCAGCAGAGAAGGCGAAUAAUACUGGAGUGGUCAGUCAGACCUUCAAAUGCAACGUGAAAGGCUCUGGGAUCUCCAACUAUGCGGAAAACCCCCAAGAUACCCCCAAAGCCUUUGAGGAUUGCAUGCAAAAAGUCAAGGGGCACAUUCCAGUCCGUCUCCAUGGAUCCACCUGCGUUUACCUGGGGGCCACAGCUGGGAUGCGAUUACUGAGGUUGCAAAACGAAACAGCAGCUAAUGAAAUCCUUGAGAGCAUUGAAAACUACUUCGAGUCUCAGCCCUUUGAUUUUAGGGAUGCUCAAAUCAUUUCUGGGCAAGAGGAAGGGAUAUAUGGAUGGAUUACAGCCAACUAUUUAAUGGGAAAUUUCCUGCAGAAGAGCCUAUGGCAUAUGUGGGUGCAUCCGAGUGGAAAGGAGACCACAGGUGCCCUGGAUUUGGGUGGUGCCUCCACCCAAAUAUCCUUCGCAGCAGAAGAGAAGGUGGGGCUGAACACCAGUGACAUCAUGAAGGUGACCCUGUAUGGCUAUGAAUACACGCUCUACACACACAGCUUCCAGUGCUAUGGGCGGAACGAGGCUGAGAAGAGGUUUCUGGCAACCCUCCUUCAGGAUUAUACCACUGAAACCACGUUCACCAACCCUUGUUACCCUCAGAAUUACAUCACUACCUUCACUGAGGCACAGGUGUUUGGCAGCCUGUGUACAGAGGACCUGAGACCUGAAAGAUAUAAUCCCAACAACAUCAUCACUUUUGAAGGAACUGGGGACCCAUCACUGUGUAGAGAAAAGGUGGCUUCCCUAUUUAACUUCAGUGCUUGCCAUGAUCACGAAGCUUGUUCCUUUGAUGGGGUGUAUCAGCCAAGAGUUAAAGGGUCAUUCGUGGCUUUUGCAGGAUUCUACUACACAGCCAAUGCUUUCAACCUUUCAGGUAGCUUUUCUCUGCACACCUUCAACUUGAGCACCUGGAAUUUCUGCUCAAAGAAUUGGAAUCAGCUCCCACUGCUGCUGCCCCAGUUUGAUGAGCAGUAUGCACGCUCCUACUGCUUCUCAGCCCACUAUAUCUACCAUUUGCUUGUAAGUGGAUACAAAUUCACCGAGGAGAGCUGGCCCCAAAUACAUUUUAAAAAGGAAGUGGGGAACAGCAGCAUAGCCUGGUCUCUCGGCUACAUGCUCAGCCUGACCAACCAGAUCCCAGCCGAAAGCCCGCUCAUCCGCCUGCCCAUCAAGCCAUCUGCCUUCAUGGGCACCCUCGCCUUCUUUGCAGCAGUGGCCUUGCUGUGUCUGACAUAUCUCAUAUACUUGUGCGUGUUGUCCAGGAAUCAGAGGCGCUCCCAGCAUGCCUUGGACAACAUGGUGGACUCUGAGUGA